UGAAUCAUACAAUUAUUUCUCUCUCCUCCUCCUCCUCCUCCUCCUCCAUCUUCCUGGCUAGUUUCCGACGCUGUUGUCCCACGUAAUCAUUUGAUAAUUCACUUGUGUACGUGGUAUAGCCUGAUUAAGUUGGGAUCGAGGUAGAACUUGAAUAAAAAUCAGAGGAGAUUAUGAAUUCAGGAGGAGGGGGCAGCAGUGACAGCUCAUGCUUCGACUCUUGUCAAGGCUUCCUGCAAAUGUAUGAAGGUCUGGAGGAGUACUGCAUCUCGCCGCUGCCCUUGGGUGCUAGUAUUAAUACCUGUUCAGCUUCCAAUUUGGUUUCCUUCUCUAACAACUCGAAUACUAGUCUCGUACAUAGCCUCUCUGUCCUCAGGGAGAUGGUACAGCAGCUGCAAUCCCUUGUUCCCACGAUGAUCAACACCUCGCCUCAUCAUCAUCAUCAUCAUCAUCAUCAUGACGAUCAGCAGAGUCUUGACGCUCCCAGCACAGUCUCCCGUGCUACCUCCCUGAUCCAGGAUAUACUCGCCGCUGCAUCCUCUUUGCCUUACGCUUUCCAGCAGUUUGUGGUUCUAUCUUCGAGUCUGCAGCGCAAUGAAUUAGACCACCAUCUACAUCAAGCGACUUACUUUAAUGCUGAAGCAACUAUAGCUGACCGUAAUCAGCUUCCUAAUCCUCUUCAGGGUUGCAAUUCGUCUGAAGCGGAGGCCGUGGUUGCUGCAGGAGGCGGUGGAGUCAUAUUUGCGGCUAGUACGAGCAACGAAACCCUGAGAUACAGUGGCACUUGUAGUUACUUCAAACGCAAGGAAACAACAACAGAAAAGAAUGAGGAUGAUGAAGAUGGUUUGAUCGUAGAGAUGGACCCUGCAGAUCUGCUCGCCAAAUACACACACUUCUGCCAAGUGUGCGGAAAAGGGUUUAAGCGAGACGCAAACCUAAGGAUGCACAUGAGAGCACACGGCGAUGAGUUCAAGACCAGCGAGGCUCUAUCAAACCCCAUCAACAAACUGAAGAACGGGAGAUUCGAUGGAGAACUAGAAAUCGAUGAAUUAGAAGGAGACGAGCUUGGAGGGGGGCAGGAGAAAAGUAUAAAGAAGUAUUCGUGCCCGCAAGAGGGAUGCAGGUGGAACAAGAAGCACACCAGGUUCCGGCCGCUGAAGUCCGUGGUAUGCGUUAAGAAUCACUACAAGAGGAGCCACUGCCCCAAGAUGUAUGUCUGCAACCGCUGCAACCGCAAGCAGUUCUCGGUGCUAUCGGAUCUAAGAACCCACGAGAAGCACUGCGGUGACAACCUCCGAUGGAGAUGUUCCUGCGGAACUACCUUCUCCAGAAAAGACAAGCUCAUGGGUCACCUCGCCCUCUUCCCUACUCAUUCUCCAGCUCCAGCUCCCAACACUACUGCUCGUUUUAUUCAGGCGCCCCAUUCAUAAGGCGACUAUUAAUAGCUAGAUCCAUAUUCGUGUGCGCUCCUGCACGCCCACGGAAAAUUGUGCAAUGUUACUCUCCUUGAUUUGUAUGUUUAACAUAUAAUAGUCC